AGGUGCCAGCGCCGAGCCACCACCUGGCACGUACGGCGCCGCCGGGGGCGACCUGCUGCGGGACCCGCGGAAGUGGAUCGGCGGCACCGCCAGGUGGCUCGAGACCUCGGAGCACACGGACCCCGGCAGGCUGCUGAGCGCGCUCUGCGAGGACUUCAAGCCCAGGAGGCUGAAGGCGCCGCUGGUCCUCUGCUGGCUGGUCCUGCAGGCCACGGGCCUGCUCUACCAGGGCGUGCUCCUCUCGGAGGUCUCGACCAACCUGGGGGUCUACGAGGAGAUGCUGGCGACGUACUGCGGCGCCCCGAGGGGGGGGAAAUGCGAACAUCUCCCAGCGCGACUCCUUGCCACGGCGGAUCUCCGACGCGGAGGGCAUUCUGGCCCCGAGCACCGGCAGCACGGCGUGUGCCUGGGGCCGUCCUGGAACAUGAGUUUCUCCGGCGUGCUGAACUUCCCCCCGGCCCAGGGCGGGGACGGCAGCGGGGACUUCGAUUUCGUCAUCCCGAGCGACCAGUCGUUCGUGUUCCAGACGUCCUCGCAGCCUCCGACCUUCCUGCUGGGGGUCGAGCCGCUCGCGCCGCAGGACUCCGCGUCCUGGAAGGCGAGCAUCGCGCCCAAGGAGACCGCGGAUUUCCGAACCGUCCUCAGGUCGGACGUGACCCCGCCCUCGGUGAGGGGUUCGGGCAGGAGGUAUCCGAGGGAGGCUCUCGCCGCGCCGCGCCCGCGCACGUCUUCCAGGGGGGAGCGGGG